GUUUCGGAGUGAAUUUCUCUAGAUUGUUUGCAACGGGCGUGAUAUUUGAGCAAUUUCCGCGCUUCUAACCCAAGAGCCCAUCGUUGUGGUGACGGCUCACAAGAUAACAUCCGUCUGUAAAUACUUCAUCUUCCGCUUAUCUCGACGCCAAAGAAACCCAGCAAUAUGGUGAAGGAAUCAAAUCCCGUGGACAGCCUCCUGCACGGUGUUCAGUCUGCCUGGGCGCAAGUGCAGCCAUACGCCGGACCUGCUGUGGCGCAAGUGCAGAACAUCCUGCAGCCUGUCUGGGCAGCCCUGGAGCCACAUGUGGGCGACAACAUCGAGCAGGUCAACCAGCAGCUGCAUGGGCAUCCUCCCCUGACUGUCAUUGGGAUCACCAUCGGGAUCACCUUCCUCCUGCUGAGGCUGCUGGGCGCUGCAAAGAGGGUCACCGGUCUUCUGCUGGCGGGCACUGCACUGGCCUACUUCUGGCCAUACGCCAUGGAGCAGCUGAAGAAAAUGAAGUAGGUAGAACUGAGAUUGGAUGGCCGCAGUCACACAGUUUCUGUGCUUCACACCUGACAAGCCAAGGCAUGUUCUAUUGACAAGUGGGGGGCUGGACAUUGGAAUGGAUGCAGACAUGCCCACAGGAUAACAUAUGUGACGCACUCUGCAUGGAGGCCCUGGGCUAAGACAGGCAAAUACUGGGACAAAAGAGCAUUUGUUACAGAGGGAACGAGUGCCUGAACAGAUUUCCAAGUUUGAUGAUAAUGUUGGAUUGUGCAUGUGGUGUACAUUAGGGAGCCUUGGAGGAGAGCCUUUCCAUUACUAGCUGCGCAAAGAUAGUGCAGAAUGGCACUGGUUCCUGUGUGAAUAGCUACUGGGCAUGAAAUGUAACACACGCAGACGGC